AUGUAUUGGAAGAGCAGCCAGAUGUUUGUGUGUAAACUGGAGAAGGACGUGCCUGCGCUUCGCCUCGCGACGGAGAAGUUCCCGAAGCUCAUGGCUGAAGAGAGCGAGCGAGGGGCAGCCGCUGCCGCAGUGACUGGAAGGAGGCGGAAAAGCGUCGGAGACACAGGGCUGGUGAGUCCAGAGGUGGUGGCUGAUGAGGAUUCUUGCUCUUCUUCCACCCCGCUGUCGCCGUCCUCUUCGCCCCGUUCCCUGGCUUCUGGCUCAGGCAGCUGUGGGUCCAGCAAAUGCAUCUGUAAUAGUUGUGGUCUAGAGAUUGUGGACAAAUAUCUACUGAAGGUAAAUGAUAUGUGCUGGCAUGUACGCUGCCUUUCCUGCAGUGUAUGCAGAACCUCUUUAGGAAGGCAUACCAGUUGCUAUAUCAAAGACAAAGAUGUUUUCUGCAAACUAGAUUAUUUCAGACGGUAUGGUACACGCUGUUCUCGCUGUGGUAGGCACAUCCAUUCUACUGACUGGGUUCGAAGAGCUAAGGGAAAUGUGUAUCAUUUGGCCUGCUUUGCCUGUUUCUCCUGCAAAAGGCAGCUCUCGACAGGAGAAGAGUUUGCUUUGGUUGAAGAGAAAGUCCUCUGUAGAGUGCAUUAUGACUGCAUGUUGGACAACUUGAAAAGAGAAGUUGAAAAUGGGAAUGGUAUUAGUGUAGAAGGUGCAUUAUUAACAGAGCAAGAUGUUAAUCAUCCAAAACCAGCAAAAAGAGCUCGAACCAGUUUCACAGCAGAUCAGCUGCAGGUAAUGCAAGCACAGUUUGCUCAGGAUAACAAUCCAGAUGCACAAACACUGCAAAAGCUGGCAGAAAGAACAGGCUUGAGCAGGCGUGUGAUACAAGUAUGGUUUCAAAAUUGUAGAGCACGCCAUAAGAAACAUGUUAGCCCCAACCACUCUUCCACUGCUCCUGUUACAACAGUCCAAGCUUCUAGACUUUCACCACCAAUGUUAGAAGAAAUGGCAUAUUCAGCAUAUGUGCCACAAGAUGGGACAAUGUUAACAGCUCUCCAUAGUUACAUGGAUGCUCAUUCACCUUCUGCUCUUGGACUCCAACCUUUGCUAACCCAUUCACUGACACAACUGCCAAUAAAUCACAGCUGA